UUGCACAUGAGUUCAGAGGAAGAGGAAGUGUAGCCGGCGGACGCGCGGCGGCGGCGGGGGCGCGUCGGGGCUGGAGCCGGAGCGCGCUGGGCGCAGGGCGCAGAGAGCGAGAGCGCAGCGGCCGCGGUCUCCGGGGAGGGACAGACGCACCGAUCGCCAGAGGGACAGACGCACUAGCACGCGGCGCCACUGCCCUCCACCCCCCGGCGCCCACGUCCUCCCCCUGCUGCCUCCUCUGUAUGGCACAAACUUUCCUCCCGGGACGGAUCACGCUGUCUUUGGGAGCCCGCGUCCGUGCCUUCUCCUCCUCCGGUCCCAGACGCUGCUGAAAUGGGUUGCGGAUUGAACAAGUUAGAGAAACGUGAUGAAAAACGGCCUGGGAAUAUUUAUUCAACUUUGAAGAGGCCUCAGGUGGAAACCAAGAUAGAUGUGUCCUAUGAAUACCGCUUCCUGGAGUUCACGACUCUGAGUGCCGCGGAACUCCCUGGGUCCUCAGCAGUGAGGCUGGCCUCCCUGCGUGACCUGCCCGCCCAGCUCCUGGAGCUGUACCAGCAGGGCUUCUCGCUGGCAGCCCUGCACCCCUUCGUGCAGCCCACUCAUGAGAGGGAGAAGACACCCCUGGAGCACAUCUUUAGGGCCAUCCUGAUCAAGAAAACCGACAGAUCUCAGAAAAUGGAUCUUCAUAAUGAAGGCUACAUCUUGGAAUUAGAUUGCUGUUCCUCCUUAGAACACCUGACAGACCAGAAACUCCUCCCAGAGUUCAUUAAGAAGAUCCAGGAGGCCGCAAGCCAGGGUCUGAAAUUCGUUGGUGUUAUACCCCAGUACCAUUCCCCUGUGAACUUGGCAGGCAGCAGUGCUCCCGUGUCUACUGCCAACAGCACCGAGGAUGCCAGAGAUGCAAAAAACGCACGCGGGGAUCACGCAUCGCUGGAGAAUGAGAAACCGGGGGCUGGGGACGUGUGCGGUGCUCCACCUGGGAGAAACCAAAGCCCAGAGCCCAGCUCAGGCCCCAGAGGGGAGGUGCCCAUCACGGAGCAGCCCAUCUUACCCUCUGGAGAGGGAGACGGUGGAGAACUUUCACCCCGGGGGGUGAGCAAGACACUGGAUGGACUGGACAGCGACCCCUUGGAGGUGCAUGAAGAGCCACUCUCAGGGAAAAUGGAGAUCUUCGCCCUUUUCAACAAACCGAAGAGCCAUCAGAAGUGCCGGCAAUACUACCCUGUCACCAUUCCUCUCCGUGUCUCCAAGAAUGGCCAGGCGGUGAGCGGCUUGGAUGCCAACUGGUUAGAGCACAUGAGCGAUCACUUCCGGAAAGGCGGCAUGCUGGUGAACGCAGUCUUCUACCUUGGAAUGGAGAAUGAUUCCUUACAGGGCUUGACAGAUGGAGUAUUCAUCUUUGAAGCUGUUUCCAAUGAAGAUAGCAAAACCAUACAGGGCUACGAUGCUAUUGUGGUUGAACAAUGGACAGUCCUGGAAGGUGUCGAGGUGCAGACAGACUACGUGCCCCUGGUGAACUCCCUGGCGGCCUACGGCUGGCAGCUCACCUGUGUGCUACCGACUCCCGUCGUCAGGACUACCAGGGAGGGGAGUGUAUCCACCAAGCAGAUUGUCUUUCUUCAGAGACCGUGUCUACCUCAGAAAACCAAGAAGAAAGAAUCGAAGUUUCAGUGGCGGUUCUCCAGAGAAGAAAUGCACAACAGGCAGAUGAGGAAAUCAAAAGGUAAACUCAGUGCCAGAGACAAACAACAAGCAGAAGAAAAUGAGAAGAAUUUAGAAGACCAGUCUUCCAAAGCUGGAGACAUGGGAAACUGUGUUUCGGGACAGCAGCAGGAGGGUGGAGUCUCCGAGGAGAUGAAGGGCCUUGUCCAAGAGAAUAAGGGAGAACAGCUGUCCCCUGGUGGCCAGCUGUGUGGGGUGGGUGUGGAGGGCGAGGCUGUGCAGAACGGUCCUGCUGGCCACAGCAGGGCCUCGGUGGGGGGCUGCACUGGGCAUUCCAAUCCUGGAAAAGAUGCCAGGGCCGGGGAUGCUGAGGAAGUUGGAGAGGUUGGUACGGCUGAAGAAAACUGAGUGUCGGGCAAUUUCUGCUACAACUAGAUGAGUUGCCAAACCCAAGGCAUGUCGCCAACAGCUGGUUUGGGGGCUGGUUUCCCUGGUGUUGUGUGUUAACCUACCCUUUGGCUUGGCUUGACCUCUCCUUGUGAGCUCACCUGAGCCCUUCCAGGGCCAGGUUCCUGACAGUGUUGGUUUUUGCACAUCUAUUGGAAAGGUGUCAUUAAUGACCCCGUGUGAGAAUGCAGGAGGUCAGGUUAUUUCUUCUAGACCUCAGGGCUGGAGGCCCAGUCCUGGCUCCACCACUCCUCCAGCCGGAGGGUCUGAACCAUCCAGUGCCUGUCUGCCCCACAGGGACUCCGGGGAGCAUUCAGGUCAAAUCCACGGACACCUUGGGCUACAAACCAAGGCUGGUUGUUCAUUCCAUACCCUGUGGGGGCAGUGUGCCUCCCCUGCAGCUAAUUGGUGACUUUACAGAGCCCUGUCAGCUGCCCUCCUCCACCUAAACCCCUUAGACCCUCCUGCUUUGGCAAAGAAAAUGAUACGGGGGAGGGGAGGUGCUCCGCUUCCCAGCUUUUCUCGAAGUAGUCCUAUAGAUACUGGUAAUCUGGAAAUGAAGAAGUAAUUCCGUGUCUGCACCUACUCUUGCAGAAUGUUCAAGGAAGGAUUCUGUGUAUUAAUGCCAAAAAGUUGUUUUUAAAGGUUUUGUAUUGAGCACAUCAUAUGAACACACAUUACUUCUGUCAUUUCAGGGCACUGGGACUGGCUGCUGCCCUUGCUAUGUGCUAUUUUAAUCAGUGUAAUAUUGGUCAAGUUGUUACCCAUGUAUGCUGUGUCGAUCAUGUGUUUCUAUCGUCCAGAAAGUAUUAAGGCUGUAAGUAGAUACAACUGGCCAACCUUGGAGAGAGAAUGCCGAUUGUCUUGACCAAAACAACAGCCUGUCUCCUCUUGUUUAGUUACUUACGGCAAUAAAUCAUCUAUGAGUUAGUGCACUGUG